AUGAACAUGUGGACGUCUAGAGCUCCACUUGACGCACUUGAUUUUCUGGAGUCGACGCUUCUCUAAGUCGACGCUUCUCUAACCCUCUCCGUCUUCUCGUCCCAACCAACCAUGGCCGCGACGAACAUGUUGCUGAAGUUUUCAGUGCUCCUCAACCUCUUGUCCAGCUCGCGGUUGGGACUCUGGCGGGAUCAGAAGCACGCGGGGGUGUUCCCGCCGACGUGCGACCGCAUCGAGUGCCCGAGCUUCGACGUCGUGCACGUGGGCGAUGGCUACGAGAUCCGGCGCUACAAUUCCACGGUGUGGAUGUCCACCGCUCCCAUCCCCGACAUCUCCCUCGUCGAAGCCACUCGCUCCGGCUUCCUCCAGCUAUUUGACUACAUACAAGGUAAGAACAGCUAUGAGAAACAGAUAGAGAUGACGGCACCGGUGAUCACUGAGGUCUCUCCAAGUGAUGGUCCGUUCUGCACAUCCUCAUUUGUCGUGAGCUUCUAUGUGCCGAAAGAGAACCAAGCAAACCCACCCCCAGCAGAAGGCCUCCAUGCUCAGAGGUGGAAUCCCAUAUACGUCGCCGCUAGACAGUUUGGAGGAUUCGUCGCCGACUCUGAUGUUGCAGUAGAGGCAGCUGCCUUGGAAGCCAGCCUUAGUGGCACUACUUGGGCUAAUGCCAUCCAGAAGAGCCAUGAGAAAGAGAGGAGCACUAGCGCUUCGGUUUACACGGUCGCGCAGUAUAAUUCUCCAUUCGAGUUCGAUAACAGAGUGAAUGAGAUAUGGAUGCUGUUUGACAUGGAAGAUGCUUCCUCUAUAUGAAUGAGAGAGUAAAGCAUAGAGAAGUCUCUCUAGCUCUUACAUGUAGUUUGAGUUUAGUGGAGAACUUGCUCCUUCCUUGCACGUACCUUAACCAAUAAAUGAAAGGCAAAGUAGCUGCCAUGUGAUAUACUACUUUGACAGUUUGUAUCAAGCAUCAUAUCCUUUUGGAGCUCCGGAUAUUUUUAUCUUUUCUCCAGUGGAGGUCAAUGAUUAUUGAAAUACAAAACGCAAGCAUUCAUCGUA